UUGUCGAGCUGGGCGGAAGAGGCUCCUGGAGGCGUUAACGCGCUGGAGAGGAGGAAGAAGUCUGAACAACCGAGAGGAGCGACGUCAGGUGCGGAAGCCUGCCCGGCACGACCCACUUUCUCUCCGCGUCGGAGACCUGCUGUCGUGGACAAUGGAGGCUAGUUUGGGUAUCUCUGUGUUAACUGCUGGGGUGGUGGUUGUAGUAUCUCUCCUACUGUUGCUCUUUAAAGCAAUGGGAUCUCAGCUGAAGAAAGAUCCAGUAACUUUACAAGAUCCAAACAUAAAGUAUCCAUUGUGCUUGAUAGAAAGAGAGGAGGUCAGUCAUGAUACCAGGAGAUUUCGGUUUGGGCUUCCAUCAUCAGAACAUAUAUUGGGCUUGCCUGUAGGUCAACAUGUAUAUCUCUCUGCCAAAGUUGGUGGUAAUCUUGUGAUCCGGGCCUACACUCCAGUUUCUAGUGAUGAAGUGAAAGGCUAUGUUGAUUUAAUUAUAAAGGUAUACUACAAAAAUGUUCACCCCAAGUUUCCAGAAGGUGGAAAGAUGUCCCAGCAUUUAGACAACAUGAAGAUUGGCGAUACCAUUGACUUCAGAGGACCAAAUGGACUUCUGGUAUACAAUGGGUCAGGUAAAUUUUCUAUUAAGCCGGACAAGAAGUCUGAAGCAAGCGUUAAGUUUGCAAAACAUCUUGGAAUGAUAGCUGGGGGAACAGGAAUCACUCCAAUGCUUCAACUGAUUCGUCACAUUACAAAGGACCCCAAUGAUAACACCAAGUGUUACCUCCUUUCUGCUAACCAGACAGAAGAAGAUAUAUUAUUAAGACCAGAGCUUGAAGAUGUAGCAGUAAAUCACCAGGAUCAGUUUAAACUGUGGUACACUUUGGACAGACCACCUCAAGGCUGGAUGUAUAGCUCUGGUUUUGUUACUGCGGACAUGAUAAAGGAACAUCUCCCUUCCCCUAGCAGCGAGACUCUGAUUCUGAUGUGUGGACCUCCACCUAUGGUUCAAUUUGCUUGUCAGCCUAAUCUUGAAAAACUAGGGUACACGAAAGAGAACACUUUUGCUUAUUAAACCUGAAGUUGUACCAUCCAUUUUAGUAAAUGCUGUAGAUGGAUAUAAAUUUUGUGAAUGGCCUUUUGGGUUAAAGGGGGGGAACCAUGGGUCAUGCUAGCUGGUGCUGAUGGGAAUUACAGUCCAACAACAAAGAGGGCUGUAAGUUUCCCAACCCUGUGUUAAACUGCAAAAUGUUAAUACCAGUAUCAUACUUUAGAUAAUGGUUCCAUAGUUCUACAUACUUCUGUUGUGUGCUUUCUUCACUCUAAAGGAGCACAGUAACAUAGUAUUAGGCCUCUCUUUCUGGAAACAAGCUACUCUUUGUACACACUGUCAAGUAGUAAUGGUGGCAGGUUAUGUCACCACCACUAUCUCCCUGUGGUGUGUUACUUAAUAAAGUAUUGCACUAGUAUAACUUAA